AUGGCGACUCUUCUACCACCUCCCAGCAAGCGUCAGAAGACGGAUAUUGCUGAGAAGGCGCGGCAACAGCAAGAAAUUCAGGGUAUCCCCGACGACCUUGGCAGCGUUCGAGUGCAAUUUUUCGACCAGGCGACGGGGUCAGCAACUGGGCCUGCGGUUUCGGUCCCUGUUGCGGAUGCAAAUGUCAAGAAUCUUGAGACUCUGCUGAACACACUACAAGGAAAUGAGGAUGAUGAUGAACGAGUACCAUACCGAUUCACAUACCAAUCAGAAGGCCAAGACGGGCAAACAAUCGAUAUUCUCGCCGAUGUAUAUCACUCUCUACUCAAGCCAGGCUUAAAGACCACCGAAGAUACCGUCCAUCUCUACUAUACCCCGCAGGCAGUAUUCCGAGUGAAGGCCGUCUCACGAUGCUCUGCCUCUAUCGCCGGACACGGAGAGUCGAUUCUAGCGACUUCAUUUUCACCAGUUUCUUCCUCUACAAUGGUUUCCGGAAGUGGUGAUUCCACCGCCCGCAUCUGGGAUUGCGACACCGGCACUCCCAAGGCCACAUUGAAAGGACACACAAGUUGGGUUCUGGCAGUCAGCUACUCGCCCAAUGGAGCGUUGAUCGCCACUGGCAGUAUGGAUAACAGUGUGCGCAUCUGGGAUGCAAAGAAAGGAACGGCGCUGGGAGGACCGCUCAAGGGACACUCAAAAUGGAUCACCAAUCUGGCAUGGGAGCCUUACCACCUACAGCAGUCAGGAAGCCCACGAUUGGCAUCUGCAUCUAAAGAUUCGACCGUCCGUAUCUGGGAUGUGGUAACGAGACGAAUGGACAUGUCCUUGACGGGACACAAAGGCUCCGUGACCUGUGUUCGCUGGGGCGGAACGGGUAAAAUCUACACAGCCUCGCACGACAAGACAAUCAAGGUCUGGAACGCUACCAACGGAACUUUGAUUCAAACAUUGUCUGCGCACGCGCACCGUGUGAAUCAUUUAGCCCUGUCGACCGACUUUGUCCUCCGCACAGCGUAUCACGACCACACGGGCAAGGUUCCCAAAGAAGAUGCGGAAAAGGUUACGACGGCCCGGAAGCGAUUCGAACAAGCCGCCACUGUUAACAACAAGAUUGUGGAAAAGCUGGUGUCCGCAAGUGACGACUUCACAAUGUACCUGUGGGACCCCGAGAGCUCGACCAAGCCUGUAGCGCGGUUGUUGGGUCACCAGAAGGAGGUCAACCAUGUGACCUUUUCCCCGGAUAUGGCGUACAUUGCAUCAGCCGGGUUUGACAACCAUGUCAAACUGUGGAAUGGCCGCGACGGAAAAUUCAUCACCACACUGCGAGGCCACGUUGGUGCUGUUUACCAGUGCUGUUUCUCAGCUGACUCCCGGCUCCUGGUCUCCUCUUCCAAGGACACCACAUUGAAGGUGUGGAAUGUUCGUACUGGCAAGCUAGCCAUGGACCUUCCCGGACACCGCGAUGAGGUUUUCGCUGUGGACUGGAGUCCUGAUGGACAAAAGGUUGGAAGUGGAGGAAAAGACAAGGCCAUACGGAUAUGGAGAAACUAG